AUGGCUCACAACCGGCGCCCCACCUCCAGCUACCAACCUUGCGACAGUUUCUUCGUGGAAUCAUAUGAUGAUCUUACUGCUCCUCGUUUGAACGCAAAGGAGCAUGCCAAAUUGAUUGCUCGUGAACGCCAAUAUGCCAUCGCUGAGGAGUUGUCGAAAAUUGCGAGUGACGAACUUCGCGAUGACAUAUUGUCUCACCUACUGGAGAUGGAUGUUGCUACUCUGCCCGAUGUUGAGUCGAUCGAUAUCCAAACUGAGAUUCAAUGGUUCAUGCGUCCGUACCUGCUUGACUUCUUAAUUGAGGCGCAUACCGCGUUCCAGCUCCUGCCCACCACGCUAUUCUUGACAGUCAACCUUUUGGAUAGAUACUGUUCCAAACGUGUCGUCUAUAAGAGGCAUUACCAACUGGUGGGGUGUGCCGCGCUCCUCAUUGCUGCCAAGUAUGGUGACAAGAAAGAUCGAGUGCCCACAAUCAAGGAACUGAAGUCCAUGUGCUGUUCGCUAUAUGAUGAAGACAUGUUUGUCCAGAUGGAAUGGCAUGUGCUUCAAACAUUGGGUUGGACAAUUGGACACCCAACCGUGGACAGUUUUCUCCAAAUCGCUGUGAUGGAUACUCCUUACGAUGCAGAGGUUGAACAUUUGGCGCUUUACAUACUGGAGAUUUCACUCUUCCACAGGGAGUUUGUUUCCAAGCAAUCAUCCGACCUUGCCAGAGCAGCUUUGGCCUUGUCGCGAUGUGUUCUCGGCCGUCCGCAGCCUCGACACACGAAGUGGGCUUCGCAGUAUGACUCGAUGACUCUUGUCAGUCUUUCACAACAGCUUCACCAUCCGUCCCCGGUGCUGUCUAGGAAGUAUUCCUCUGCUCACUAUUCACGGGUGUCGAAGCUAUUGGAGCAAUUCCUCGCCCGCCAGGCUUCAAUUGCCUACACUCCUCCUAGCCCGCCAUCGGAGGUUCCAGCUUCGUCUUCCAAGCCUUACGAUGGGCAUGUUGGAUUAGCGACACCGCAGAAGUCUCAUUGCCCGCCCAACGGUUACCUCACCCCGCCCAUCACUCCAGAUAAUGGAAAUUUCCCCCCUAACGCAAAUACAUCUAACCGACCCCUACGGUAA